AUGUAUGUACAUAAAGGCGUGCUCCAUCGCAGCCCCGGAGCCCGUCUGCGAGCAUCACCUCUCGUAGUCCUUCCCUUUCCCUACUACACCGCCUCACGGCUUCUUAUCGCCUCCUUGCCCCGCCUCUUUGCCCCGCCUCUGACCGCCUCGAAUACGAUGCCGGGCUUUUCCCUCUCCGCCCUCGCGACGAGGGCCGCGCCGCCGACGGGCGGCAUGGGCAUCUCGACGCCCAUCAUGGGCUACAACACGUACAACGACGUGGCCUGCUCGCCCAACGCGACCUACGUCUCGUCGACCAUCGACGCCCUCGUCUCGCGCGGCUUCCGCGACGCGGGAUACACCUUCUUCCAGAUCGACUGCGGCUGGCAGGGCACCACGCGCACCAACAACCCCUACGGCGCCAUCGACUACGACACCAACAACUUUCCCCAGGGCCUCAAGCCCAUCUCGGACAAGGCGCGCUCAAAGGGACUCACCUUCAGCCUCUACUCGGACGCCGGCGUGCGCGCCUGCGAUACCAUCGUGCCCAGCCCGCGCCUCGGCAGCUACGGGCAUGAGGAAGCCGACGCCAAGCUCUUUGCCAGCUGGAACGUCGAGUACGUCAAGUACGACUACUGCUACGCCGACGGCCCCAACGAGAACCAGAACGCGCCCAAGGAUCCGCGCAAGGACUACGUCGACCGGUAUGGGGCCAUGUGGCGGGCGCUGCAGAACAACAAGAUCGGGCGCAUGCUCGUUUGCCAGUGGGGCACGCCCUACAUUUCGCCGCCCGACGGCGAUCUCGAGGGCCCGGUCGACUGGACCAAGGGCAUCUCGACGUCGUUCCGCCUGUCAGACGACAUCAACGACGACUGGGCGGCCGUUGUGCGCAUCCUCAACCAGUCGAUCCACAUCGCCAAGUCGGGCAAGACGGGGCCCGGCCACUUUGCCGACGCCGACAUGCUCGAGGUGGGCUCCAAGAAGCUCACCCUCGACCAGCAGCGCACCCACUUUGCCUACUGGGCCAUGAUCAAGUCGGCCCUCAUGAUCGGCCUCAACCCGCAGCGGCUGGGGGACGACGCCGUCGCGCUGCUCCAGAACCGCGACCUGAUCGCCAUCAACCAGGACGCGCUCGGCAAGCCCAUCGAGCUCGUCGAGCGCUGGACAAACGACCGCGACCUCUACCGCGGGCCCCUGGCCAACGGCGACGAGGCCGUCCUGGUCGUCAACUGGAAGAACCAGGCGCGGACCGACCUCGGCUUCGACCUGGCGCAGCUCGGCAUUGCAAAGGCCGACGUAAAGGACCUCUGGACGGGCCAGGUCAAGAGGGGCGUCACGGGCCGGUACGUGGCGGGCACAACGACGGGCGCGCUGGGCUCGCUGCCGCUGCGGCUGAGCAACAUCGUGCGCGCCCCGUCCAAGUCGGGCGCGGCCGCCGACGCCGGCGACAAUGUCAAGUGGGUCGAGGCGGAAUCGGGCACCCUCUCGGGCGGGGCCAAGGCGGCGAACUGCUCGGGCUGCUCGGGUGCGCGCAAGGUGGGCAACCUCGGCGCCGGAGCGUCCGUGACGCUGUCCAACCUGUCCGCCCCGGCCGAGACGUCGACGCUCCUCUUUGACUACAUCAACGCCGAGGUCGGCUACCUCGGAGGCCAGGGCCCGAAUGCCAGGACGGCGCUCAUCUCGGUCAACGACGGCCCGUCCGUCCAGGUCAGCUUCCCGCUCUCGGGCUACGACUGGGACGCCAGCGUUGCCAAAUCCUACCGCGUCCAGCUCGCCGGCUUCAAGCGGGGCGCCGCCGCCAACAACAAGAUCACCAUCACGGCAGACAAGCAGGGCUUUGCGCCCGACCUCGACCGCGUCGGCGUCGUGCAGCAGUAG